AUCGCUAGCGCAGCGUUUUGAGGUUUUGGUUUCUUUUUUGGUUUUCGCUGGGCCAUUGGCCGCGGUAGCGGUCGACAAAAAAUGCCGUCAGAACUGCCCUUCGCACCUCGUUGCCGACUCUAGCGGCCCGCAUUUAAGUCUCUAAUACACACAUCUCACGUACAAAAUGGAGCACAAGCCGUUCCUGUGGAGUAACGAUAGGCAGAAAAUACUCAUCGACUUUUUCAAGGAGAACGAAUUCCUGUACAACCCGAUUCAUCCAGACUACAAGAAGAGGAGACUUCGAGACAAGAAGAUCCUCGAAUUGUGCAGUACGCUCGGGUGUUCGAUGCUGGAAUGCAAGAACAAGUUCCACAACUUGCGUACGUACUUCUUCCGCGAGUACAACAAGGUGCUCAAGCACAACGGGACGUUAAACGGAAACGGGGAGGAAGCGUACACUUCCAAGUGGGACUUCUACGAAGACAUGAAGUUCCUCAACGUGUGCUACCUUCCGCGAACCAUGGAGAUGGCAGCCGCAACCGAGAACAGUCACGAACCCGUGGCAGACACGUCUGGCACUGGGAACAACUGGGAGGUCAGCAGUAUUUUGGAGCCAGACUGCCUCAUUGACGAGUCCGUCGAGGUUCUGGAGGCCGAGCAGGAUAGCUCGAGCGUCUCGGAGCACCGUGCCCAAACACCUCCGCACAAGCGGAGAAAACAGCAGGAGGAGCAGUCCUCGACGUCGGUGACACCCACCCGGAACGGCGCGCUGCUCGACGAGGAGCACUACUUCGGAAUGUACGUCGCGGCUGCGCUCCGCACCUUCGACGCCUUGGCUCGCGACACAGCCAAGGUGAAGAUCAUGGACUUGAUCAUGCAUUUAAGGCACAAUGUCGAUCCUAAUCAUAGGAAGUGAUUAAUAGUGAUCAUCCUGGGUGUAAAUCAUAGGAAGUGAGCAGUGGAAAACUCUCACCUUGCUGUUGUGCACACAUCAUGUUCGCAUACAAAGUAACCGUGGCAAUAAUUAAUGUGGGUGAGUGUUUUACUGCCUGUCGUUUAAGUUCCCACUUGGUGACGAGUUUCUUCCGCUGGCACCUUGUUUCUCGGGCACGUUGAAUCAUGUGCGAGCUUGUUUUAAACAUAGCGGUGUACUACGAGUUGACAUGUAAGCAAAGAUAAUUUAAGGUUAGUCGUGUGAGUGAGUCUGGUUAGUAGAGUGCACGGUCAUGAUCGCGGGUUCAAAUGCACCCGCUUCAAUGGCCCAGUACCUAUGGCAUUCUGUGCAGCCGAGUUCAAGGUCUCAGGCUUGAUGUCCAGCCAUGUUUCAAUUGUGAAUGAAAUGUAAAAAUGAUUCUGUACUGUACUUCACAAAUCUGACGAAUGUAAUGUAGCAAAAUGUUUUUAAAUCUGUCUAGUGCAAGCACAGUUAUCGCAUGAAAUGGGCACUUCUUUAAUCGCCAUGAGCGUGCUGAAAUCUACACAGCACAUUAUGGGAAGCGGGUGAUGCAGUGGCCCUAAAGUUACUCUGUUGCGUGUCAUGACUUUAGCAUUUCUUUCUUUUUUUUUUGCUUUAAUCAAAUCGACCGCUGCUCAUGGUUCAGAAGAGUGGUGCACUGGCACGUGGCAGCACCUAUUUAGCGGCCAUGGUACCUAUACGAUUCUGCAUGUGGCCUCUGAGAUUGUAUGCUGGCAACAAUUUCAGAGGCCAGCACAGUUCAUGAAAUCAACCAAUACCUGUCGUGCCCACUUCCACGUGCCGCAUAAUUUGUUGACGAGAGAGCAAGAUAUUUUUGGCCAUGCUUGGCAUGAAAUUGUAAAUUCCCUGCCACAUGCAGUGCAAUAAUAUUUGGCUCGCAUGCUCCCAGCAGCCUUAAGGAUCAGCAGCACUUUUCUGACUAUGAUCAAAUGCAUUGCAGCGCCCAUUUAAUAAAAUCCAUAAGGGGUAGGUAAUUGCUAAACUACAUCAUCUUUCAUGUCCAGUACUUCUUUAAGACGUUAGACCAUGCCAGUUAGUAAGGAGUAAAGCACUGCAUUUUCAAAACCUUGCUUCACAUAGUACAUUUUGAGUAAUGAUAUGUUUUUGUGGAGCGUCCUCCUGGCACUACAAGUGACCAGCUGUUAAAAAGGCCUUUUGCGUCAAAGAUAUUACAUACCUUGUAGGCAUUGAACAGCUUUCUGCAAAACGUUGCCUCGAAAGAUUAUUUUCAAAGCGUCGAACAGUAUUGACGACUCUUUCUGGUAAGAGAAAAUGUUCUCUGAAGCAUUUUU